AGAGCCCCGCCCCUCUGGUAUAUAAACUCUCUGCUCCUCUUCUUCCUCCAACUCCUCAUCACCAGAGACCAACAACUCAGAGAAAUCCUGAAGAGCUCAAUCCUCAAACCCCCGUGAAGCAGUUACCAUGGCAACGAGUAACGCAUCAUCCAAAUAUAACUACAUCAGCUGCAAAAAACUGAUCAAGGACGGAUCUCCUGCUGUCUGGCAGCUGAAGCCAAAGAAAAAUGAAAUUGGAAAUCUGACAAAAAUGACUCUUGGUGAAAAGAAUCCAAAUAAGAAAAACAAAACCAUCUUGCUCGUUGGUGAAACAGGAACCGGAAAAUCUACUCUGAUCAACACUCUGGUCAACUACACCAUCGGAGUGAAGUGGGAGGACGAUGUCUGGUUUCAGAUCGUAGAAGACGAGAAGAAAGAACAAUUCGAGAGUCAGACAUCCGAUGUGAUCGUGUACGAGAUCUUUGGCUUUGAAGGUAGCGUUCUGCCUUUCUCCCUGACCAUCAUCGAUACUCCUGGAUUCGGAGACACCAAAGGGCUUGAAAUGGAUGAAGCAAUCAAUAAAAGACUGUUUGACUUGUUCUGCUCAGAAGAUGGAGUUCAUGAGAUCGAUGCGGUGGGUCUGGUGCUGAAAGCAGGCUUGAAUCGACUGAGUGACCGUCUGUCGUACAUAUUUAACUCAGUGGUGUCUCUGUUUGGAAAAGACCUGGAGAGGAACAUCGUCGCCCUCAUCACCCACUCACCUGGAGGGACACCUACAAAUGCUCUGAAAGCCCUCGAGGCUGCAAACAUCAAGUGUGCCAGAAAUGAAAAAGGACAGCCGGUUCACUUCCUGUUCAAUAACAGCCAAAACGACACAAGGGAAGACGACACAGAUGACCUUGAAUAUUCAUACACAAAAGCUAUGAAGGGAAUGCAUCAGUUCACAGCCUUUCUGAAAAAAACUGCACCUCAAAACCUGGAGAAAACCAUGAGUGUUCAUAAAGAGCAAAUCAGACUGGAAGCCUGCAUCCACAACCUGAAAGACAGAAUUGAGUCCAUUCCACAUAAACUGAAGGAAAUCCAGCAGAUUCAGGAAGGUCUGAUGAAAAAUGAACAAGAGAUGAAGAACAACAAAGAGUUCACUGUAGAAUAUGAUGAGCACUACAAAGAUAAAGAAAGUGUGUACAGUAGAACGUGGGGGUGGGGUAUGUUCUUUGAAGGAGCCGUCAGCUGCACAGUCUGUGAGGAGACCUGUCACUUCCCUGGAUGCACAACGGCCAAGAAGCCCUACUGGUGUGAGGUCAUGAAGGGCAACUACUGCACUGUUUGUACCGGGAAGUGCAUCUACGAACACCACGUGAAAGAAAACUGGAGGUAUGUGAACAAGACAAGGAGGGUUAAAAAAAACCUUCAAUCCGUGAAAGAUAAAUAUGAGAAGAAUAGAACAGAGACGGAGAAGAAGAUGGGCAUCCUGGAAAUUUUUCAAAAACAGAAUGAAACCCUUGAAGCAAACAAAACCCAUUGGCUGAAUGGGGCCUACGAGUGUUUCAUCAAACUGGAGCAGAUCGCCUUAAAUGUGGUUUCAGUGUCCACUUACGACCACCUGAAGUUCCUGAUUGGGGAGCUGGAGAAGAAGAAGGAAGGCGAGAAGGUCAAGAAGCUGAAAGAGAUGUCACUUAAGAAAGCUGAAGGGUUCCUGGCCGGGCUUCAGUACUCCAAAACGAUCAAGGGAAAGAACCAGAAGGUCUAGACUGACGGACGAGCUGGUGCUCGAGAUGCUCCUACAGAUGCCAAUGAAACUAAACGUGUGUUUGUCAUUUUGAAGUUUAUUAUUCAUUUAUCUCUCGUUAAACAUUAGUUCAUACACACAUCUGAUCAUUAUUUUAUCAUUUUUAGGACUUGAAUCAGCUUUUAGGGAUUAAUUGUUGGUGCAACCAACUCCACAGCAAAUCUGCUGCAUAGCGUUAUGAAUUUAAGUUGUUUUGAAGACGUAUUUCAUCUUCCUGUAUUUAUGCUGUUGACGUCUGCGAGGGAAGCAGGAUUGUUUUCCCUUAAAAGGGGCGUGGUCACGUAUACGAAUGUCAGGUGUCCUGGAUUCACCUGUACAUCAUGCAGCAAGUGAAGUGAAUAUGAAGAUCCAUGUGAUCAAUGUGUUUGUGCCCAUUCUUCUUUUUGAGCAGUUAUUAAUCAUCAGUUUAUAAAAACGCAUGUAUAAAACUAUAUCAUCUGUAUUAAUGCAAAUGUACGAUUAUGAACAUAUUAUCUCUUGUAGUCUCCAGGUGGGAGAAGUGUCGCUUGAUUAGUUUAAAAUGUGUAUUUUCCAUCAGUCUUUGUUUGAUUCUGGUGGUAAAAAGUUAAUGUCAGUUUUAUGAGUCAAGCAGAUUUAAAUCAGAUGUGUUACUUUAUGAUUCAAACAGGUUUGAAUCCAAAUGAAAUCAUGUCCAUCUUUUGUAAAUCAUCUUUCUUCAAUAAACACGUUGUUUUUGUUACAAAAGGUGUUUCUUUA